AUGCUUCUCCUGUGUACUCUAUCUGCUAGCACUUCAUUUCAGCCAGCUCUGGUAUUAGACAUGGCCAAGAUUCUUCUGGAAAACUAUUGCUUCCCUGAGAACCUGGUUGGGAUGCAGGAGGCCAUUCAACAAGCCAUCAACAGUGGAGAAAUCCUACAGAUUUCAGACAAAAAGACCCUGGCAUCUGUGCUCACAGUGGGAGUUCAAGGAGCACUGAACGAUCCGCGGUUGACUGUCUCGUACGAGCCAAAUUUUGUUCCAGUGAUGCCACCAAUGCUGCCAUCUCUCCCAAAAGAGCAACUGAUCCGACUGGUGAGAAACUCCAUCAAGAUGGAUAUCCUAGAAGACAAUGUUGGCUAUCUGCGGAUUGAUCGGAUUAUUGGGGAGGAGACAGCAGCCAAGCUUGGCUCUCUGCUGCGGGACAACAUCUGGGACAAAGUUGCUCACACAUCCUCACUAAUAUUUGACCUGAGGUACAGCACAGCUGGAGAGCUGUCUGGAGUUCCUUUCAUAAUCUCCUUUUUCUCAGAUCCUGAGCCCUUAAUUCACAUUGACACUGUGUACGACAGGCCCUCGAAUAAAACCAGAGAGCUGUGGACUAUGCCAAUAAUGGAGGAAAGGUAUGGAAAGAAGAAGGAUAUAAUUAUUUUGACCAGUAAGCGCACCGUGGGGGCUGCUGAGGCUGUGGCAUAUACACUAAAAAACCUAAAGAGGGCCAUCACGGUCGGAGAAAGGUCUGCUGGUGGAUCAGUGAAAGUCCAAAAGAUUAGGAUUGCUAAAUCAGAGUUCUAUAUAACAGUUCCUGUGGCGAGAUCUGUCAGUCCAAUCACAGGCCAAAGCUGGGAGGUCAGUGGUGUUUCCCCAACAGUCAACACCAUUGCCAAGGACGCUAUUGCGAAAGCCAAAUCCCUGCUGGCUAUCAGGAGAGCCAUUCCAAACGUGGUGCAAAGUAUCUCCGACAUAAUUGGGAGGUUGUACGCAUUCACUGACAGAGUUCCAGCUCUUCUUCAACGUCUGCAAUCUACAGAUUUGUUCUCUGUUGUAUCUGAAGAGGACCUAGCAGUCCGACUUAACCAGGACCUCCAGAUUGUGUCUGAAGAUCCAAGGCUGAUCAUCAGAUUCAUACAGGACAAUACUGCAAUUGAAGAGGAGGACCCUGACCUUUAUAAAGUUCCAGACGAUCCCAGAUUAUUACAGGACUACAUUGAUAAAGUGUUUAAAGUGGAAAUUCUCACUGAAAAUACUGGUUAUCUCCGCUUUGACAAGUUUGUUGAAUCAUCUGCAGUGGCUAAGCUGGAAGAGCUCAUGGCCAAAAAGGUAUGGGAACCCCUCAAAGACACUGAUAACCUGAUUAUUGAUCUACGCCACAACACUGGCGGAUCCUCUACCUCUCUAGCCCUGAUAUUGUCUUAUCUGCAGGACACUUCCCAGAAGCAUCACUUUUUUACAUUAUAUGACAGAAUUCAGAACACAACAACAGAACAUGACUCUCUGCCCAAAAUUACAGGCCCGACGUAUGGCUCCAAGCGUGGGGUUUAUGUGUUAACAAGCUACUACACGGCAAGCGUUGGUGAAGAGUUUGCUUACUUGAUGCAGUCCUUACAUCGUGGCACAGUCAUUGGGGAAAUCACGUCUGGCACCCUGAUGCACUCAAAGACAUUUCAAAUAGAAGGGACAGAUAUUGCCAUCACUGUACCGUUCAUAAACUUUAUAGACAACAAUGGAGAGUUCUGGCUGGGAGGUGGCGUGGUCCCUGAGGCCAUUGUGCUGGCUGAGGAAGCUGUGGACCAUGUUCAUGAGAUUGCAAAAUUUCACAAAGGACUUCGAUCCCUCAUAGAAGGUGCAGGGCAACUGUUAGAAAAACACUACGCAAUCCAUGAAGUGGCACUACAGGCUAGCAAGGUGCUGUUAGGUAAAUGGGCUGAUGGAUUAUACAGGUCAGUGGUUGACUUUGAAUCUUUGGCAUCUCAGUUGACAGCAGAUCUCCAAGAGACUUCAGGUGACCAUCGCCUCCAUGUCUUCCAUUGCGAUGUUGAGCCUGAGUCACUUCAUGAGGUUCCAAAGAUCCCUACAGCAGAAGAAGUGGGAUAUAUAAUCGAUGCUCUGUUUAAAAUUGAGCUUUUGCCAGACAACGUUGGCUAUCUAAGGUUUGACAUGAUGGCAGACAUAGAAGUUGUCAGAGCCAUCGGGCCUCAACUCCUAAAAUUGGUUUGGAGCAAGAUAGUAAACACUGAUGCCCUUAUAAUUGAUAUGAGGUACAACAGUGGUGGUUAUUCAACAGCAAUUCCCCUCUUGUGCACAUAUUUCUUUGAUGCUGAACCUUUGAUUCACCUUUACACUGUUUUUGACCGCACAACAGCCACCAUGACAGAAGUCAUGACUUUUCCUAAUGUCAGGGGUCAAAGAUACGGAUCCUCCAAGGACCUCUUCAUCCUCACCAGUCAUAUGACCGGGUCGGCAGCCGAGGUGUUCACUCGUGCUAUGAAGGACUUGAACCGGGCCACAGUGGUCGGAGAGCCAACAAUCGGAGGGUCUUUAUCAAGUGGAACCUAUCAGAUUGGGGACAGCGUCCUGUACGCUUCCAUCCCUAACCAGGUCGUUCUAAGUGCCAUCACUGGGAAAGUGUGGAGCUUUUCAGGGGUUGAGCCUCAUGUUUUUGCUCAGGCAAAUGAAGCUCUCCCUGUAGCACAGAGAAUCAUAGCAGCAAGGCUUUUGAAGACAGAGCAGGGGAAAAGCUCACAGCCAAAACAGUGCCAUUUGACAAAGAACCUCUUCGGAGAAGGAGGUUCGGCUCAACAACUUCUUCUUCGCACUACUCACCUUUUUCUGGCUACACUGGCAAAAAUGGCAAAGUUUCUGUUGUUGGUUGCAUCUCUGCUAGUUUUUGGAAAUGUUUUGUUUAUUCGUGCUGAGUUUUCCCCCAGCCUCAUCGUAGAUAUGGCAAAAAUUGUCAUGGACAAUUAUUGCUCACCAGAGAAGCUGGCAGGGAUGAAGGAGGCAAUUGAAGCUGCCAGCAGCAACACAGAGGUUCUCAACAUCCCGGACGCCGAAUCCUUGGCUAACGUCCUCAGUGCUGGAGUUCAGGGCACAGUCAGUGAUUCACGCCUGAAGGUCUCUUAUGAGCCAGACUAUGUUCCCGUGGUUCCCCCGAAGAUGCCUCCACUGCCCCCUGAGCAGCUCAUCGCCGUCCUCCAGACCUCCAUCAAGCUUGACAUCCUGGAAGGUAACAUUGGCUACCUGAGGAUUGACCACAUCCUUGGGGAGGAUGUCGCAGAGAAGGUUGGCCCUUUGCUUCUAGACCUUGUCUGGAAUAAAAUUCUGCCUACUUCAGCUCUGAUCUUUGACUUGCGCUACACUGGCAGCGGGGACAUCACUGGAAUCCCCUAUAUUGUGUCUUACUUCAUUGAAGCCGAGCCUCAAAUUCACAUUGACAGCGUUUAUGACCGUCCCUCAAACACCACCACUAAGCUGUUGUCUAUGCCGUCACUGCUAGGAGAGAGAUACGGCAUCGCCAAACCACUUGUUAUCCUCACUAGCAAGAACACCAAGGGCAUUGCAGAAGAUGUUGCCUACAGCCUCCAGAACCUCAAAAGGGCCACCAUUGUGGGUGAGAAGACUGCCGGGGGUUCAGUGAAACUUGAUAAAAUCAAAGUAGGUGACACUGACUUUUAUGUUACUGUGCCAACUGCAAAGUCCAUCAAUCCCAUCACCGGCUCCACCUGGGAGGUCACAGGUGUGACUCCAGAUGUGGACGUCAAUGCAGAGGAUGCUCUUGCUACCGCCAUCAAGAUUGUCAACUUCCGUGCCCAAGUUCCAGCCAUCAUUGAGGAAUCAGCAACUCUGAUAGCUGACAACUACGCCUUUGAAAGUAUCGGAGCAGAUGUUGCAGCAAAGUUGAAGGAGCACCUGGCAGCUGGCGAGUACAGCAUGGUUGUCUCCAAGGACAGUCUGGAGGCAAAGCUAUCCAGCGACCUUAAGACCCUUUCUGGGGACAGGAGCCUUAAGACUACCAGCAACACACCAGCCCUGCCCCCUAUGGAUUAUUCUCCAGAGAUGUACAUUCAGCUGAUCAAAGUCUCCUUCCACACUGACAUAUUCGAAAACAACAUCGGCUACCUGCGUUUUGACAUGUUCGGAGACUUUGAGGAGGUCAAAGCCAUUGCCCAGAUUAUUGUUGAGCAUGUCUGGAACAAAGUUGUCAACACUGACGCUAUGAUCGUCGACCUCAGGAACAACCUUGGUGGCCCAACAACAGCCAUCGCAGGCUUCUGCUCCUACUUCUUUGAUGCCGACAAGCAGAUUGUGUUGGACAAACUCUACGACAGACCAUCUGGCACCAUUACAGAGCUCCAAACUCUACCUGAGCUAACUGGCACAAGGUACGGCUCCAAGAAAAGCCUCAUCAUCCUGACUAGCGGAGCGACAGCUGGUGCUGCAGAGGAGUUUGUUUAUAUCAUGAAGAAGCUUGGCCGUGCCAUGAUUGUUGGAGAGACCACCUCUGGGGGAUCCCACCCACCCAAGACCUUCCCUGUUGGUGACACUGACAUCUUCCUCAGCAUCCCCACUGUCCACUCUGACACCACCGCCGGGCCGGCCUGGGAGGGAGCUGGCAUCGCUCCUCACAUCCCCGUCCCAGCCGACGCUGCCCUCGAAACCGCCAAGGGCAUCUUCAACAAGCAUUUUGCUGGCCAGAAGUAA